GUUGGCUUGAACACCGGACAGGGCAAAAUCCGAUUCGAAUCAUUUCACACCCGAGUCUUUUUUUAUUAUUAUUAUAUUUUUCCGCCUUUAUUAUUAUUAUUAUUAUUAUUAUUAUUAUUAUUAUUAUUAUUAUUAUUAUCCUUUAUUUUCUUCAGAAUGGCUGGCAGGUUUAUUUUCUGCAUCUCUUUUUUGAUUGCACUCAUUCAGUCUGCGGCUUCUGAAGAUUUGCGCAAGAAGCAUUUGAACACCGUUGCGCACCAGGAUUCCGACUCAGACAGUGAAGGAACUGCAAAGGAGGAUAAGCCGAUAGGGAUCUUUAGCAGGAGACGUUCUCAGUCCCCACCGAGGCAGCAGGUGACGAAAUUGAAUCGAACUGUGAAAACCGAGAGGCCCAGACCUGAGACGGGCAACACAAGUCCUGGUUCGAGGCGACAAUGCGCCCGGGUGAUGGAGUCCUGCUCGAUACAUGUUUCUUGCUGCAAUCCCUGUGCCCUUUGCCAUUGUCGGCUCUUCAACACGAUCUGCCAGUGCUGGAGGAUUGGCGUGUGCUCAAAAAAGAACUAAGUACUGAGUACUAGGUAUAGAUUUUUGAGCCGUAAAUAAAUCAUCUCUAACACGUCAUAAACGCAUUCCGCAUCGGCUCUUUGGUCCAGACUGUUUCCGAGUAGACUUGCGCAAAAGUUGCGGGAAUGUAGUAGACUCGACAACAAAAGCCGAAUGUUCUUGUUCCCUGAUUUAACCAUUCACGACAAGUUGGCAGUCACUCACACACUCAUUAUAGUAAAUAUCUAUAGUAUCUAUAGUAUCUUUACUAUCUAUAUCAAAUAGUAAAGCAACCAAGUUCCCCCAGAAUGCAAAUGGUGCACGCAAUCAUAUAAAUUAUAUGUAUGCAUUUUAUCUUCUGAUUCAUCUGCAAUGCUUUGAGAUAUGAGACAUAAAAUAUUCACAAUAACGCACCUGUCUACUGUAUACUGCUUUUGUAUUGCAUACAAUUUGUACUAGGCAGCAUUUUAACCAGAGAUGUACCUUGACAAGUUUCCUCGUAAUCGCGUUUUACUCGCUUCUGUUUGUAGUAUCAGUGGUGUAACCAAGGGGGUUAGAAGUAAGUCACUUUAAAAAAGAUGGCCCUAUAUGGCCUAUAAAUCUUAAAAAGAAGAUGUUCUGACUGCAUCUUAGGUUAAUGACCAAGGCUGUAGUACACUUGUGUUAAAUCACAAAAACCAGCGAUAGCCAAUGGAUUUACAUGGAAAUGCUCAAAUUGAUCAAUUUAGUCGUGUUAGUUUACCAUUUGUAAAUGGACAGAGUUGUGCAAGGUCCAAGAUUUCAUGUUGGCUGAUAGUUGGUGGACUUUAAGGAACUAUUCUAGCGUUCUCAAACCAAGAAUCAGACAAGAAACAUCAACCUUCAUCUUCUUCAUCCCACAAAUUGCACAAGUUGGCUACGUGUCAUUGUAGCCUUCUCCAGACAAUGGACAGUAUUUAUGUUGGACAUUGCAGCCUGUCACAGCACAGAAGAUUCUCUUCCAUUCAGACCACCCAUUAUGAGUCCAUGUAGGAUGCUAAAAUGUUUCUCCAGUGGGUGGAGGAAUCCUGAGUGUCCUUGUGGUUGAACCUUGAGGUUCUGCCCAAAGUCGUACCCACUUUUAUUUGCCAUUUGUAUUGCACAUGACAUAUUUUAUUACAGGUAACUCUGCCCAGUAGGUGCCAUAUGGUACAUUUGUUCAUUGAUGGUUUUGCUCAUGUUAAUCAUUCUGAGUUAAUUGUUCUAAUGUUGGCACCACAAAUUAAUGUACAGUCUUUGAUGAUAUGCCUGUAAAAGACUGACAGUUACUGGGGCAAUAUUCCACAAUCAGUGCACAAUUCUUUCAAAUUUACCAAUACUACGCUGCAAUACGCUCCCACAGUCUUUCCAGUCUUCAAUAUCAGUCUUUAGACAGUCUAAACUAAAAAUAGUCUUGGUUUAUCUAUCUUGUCUGCAGAACAUGAAUAGCAUUUAGCAUGAUCUUUGUUUUUCUUCACACGAAAAAACGAAUCUUGUUUCCGAAGUGGUUCUGAAACAUAUUUGACAACUGGCAGUGCUGCCUUGAAAAUUGGUGUUUAUUUAUUUAAUCCUGGGUGUAAAAGUGUUAAAAGAUUAUUUGAAUUACAAUGUCUUAACCCAUCCAAUAAAAUUCUCACCAGAACCAAAUUUGUGUCCAGAGUGUUUAAUUUUUACGAAGCGUCACAUAAAAAAUAAAGAGAGAAAAAGCAUUCCAUUGUGAACAGUUCUUUAAUAAAUCCUUUUUGAUUUUUCUCAACACAUGGCAUAACCCUGAAGAAAGGAGUCUAGAGGUUUUCGACGGAAAAUGAUUGAACAUCGCCUUCGGGACGAUUCGGAACAUGGAAUAUUAACUCAAUAUUCAAUUUGGAGACUUCGGACUGCGGAAAUCCCUUUUGAUCUUGUUUUCUUUUGUUUCAAUACAGCAGUAUUUUCUAUGAUCAGUUACUUGUUGUUUUCAUGAAGUCUGUUCCCCAAUGUUUUAUUUUUUUUUCCAUCUAUGAGAUUCUCUCAGAUUUUCAAUAUAGUGUUGUUCACAAUGUAAAGUCAUCUCUGAAAAGUACUUUUCAUUUUUAAAAGUACAUUUCUUUUUUUUUUUAGGUGCCAGAAUUUACACAUUCUAAAACUAGACAUUACAAAAACACAUUUUAUUGCUCUUAAUAAUAUGUAAAAACCUCUGUAGCCAAAGGUUUGCUGUACAGAGGUGUCAGGUUUGGAUUGACCAUGAACAAUAUAUUAGAAUACUGCAUGGUUUGAUCUGUUUAUGAUUAUACAGGUUGGAUUUUGUAUCCCAUAAUGCCCUGUAACCUAGACGAUUAACACUGAUAUUAUUAACAAACGGUAUGGCAUACUUUUUGUCCAGUUACAGUUAUGUUUAAUGAUGCAAAACAAAUAAAAAAAACAUAUUCAAACAAGAUUAUGAACAUACUAUGGUUUUGAGAAAAGCUAGAAUAAUGGUGACUCAUCGAAAAAAUCUAAAUUGAAGACUGGUGCUGCAACUGGAGUUCCUUGAGGUGCAUAUUAGUAAGGGUUAACUGUACUAAAUCGUUUUACAUACUGAAAGAAAAAGCAAGAUUGUUUCCUUGCUGGAGUCUUUGAGUUAGCAUCCAUGCCCCUAGUUCGUAAACUAAAACAACAACAACAAAAGAAAAGAAAAUAAGAGAUAAUAAUAUAUAUUCUUAAAAGAUUUAUUACCGAGAUAUUUUCACCUUGAUGUUGCCUUUGCUUUCAAUGAAUAAUUUCUCCUUGAUACAAACAAUUACUGGGCACCGUAUAUCUUCUUCACUACCCUUCAUAUUUUACAACUUGUUUUUCCUGGCUGCGUUUUCAGAGUCCGAAGAAAAGGAAAAGGCAUGUCGAUUUGGACACGUGGACUACACGCCUCGCGUUUUUUUAUUGAGCAUAUAAAAUUUUUAUGUGUUUUGGUUUCGGUUAAAGCGCAAUGCUCACGUACAAUUGUACAUAGCCUGGGUCACUGGGAGAAAUGUUCAUCCUGAAGAAGGUCUUCGCCGGUUGAUUCUUUGUCAUGAAGUAUAUAAAUUUCCCAAAAAUUACGCAAAAAAUCGGUUAGACGUUAAAUCAAUCUUCUGCUUCUUCGCCCUUCUUUU